UCCAGAGUUCAAACUGUCAGCUUUGGACAACACCAUCCUGUGGGAAUGUUAAGCACUGACACAGCUAUUGGGAGGCAGUAAGAAAGAUUGGGAGAGAGAAAGAGUGGAACAGCAAGAACAUCAAUAAACAUCAGGAUGUGGCAGCCUCAUGUGUUUGUGGUCCUGUUUGGUCUCUUGUCCCUGUAUGGGAAGGGUGCCAACUGUCAACAUGGUUAUACUCUAAAUGCCCAGCAGUCAGUGUCGGUGGCAUCUGGUCUCUGUGUGGAAAUUCCCUGUACAUUUACUGUUCCUGCCGGUAGCACUUUAUCUACACGUGUCACAGGGAUUUGGAAAACAACAGACACUCCUUCCUUUAUUGCAGCCUCUACAGAGGCCUCUAUGGUUUCUGAGGGAACAAAAGGCCGAUUCACCCUGACUGGGAAAGUACAUGAAAAAACCUGCUCAUUCUCUAUCAGCAAUGCCCAACCAGCCGAUCAAGGGGAAUAUGUAUUCCGAUUUGAAGACGGAUACCAUAAAUAUACCUAUAGUUCAUACAAGCUCAGUGUGAGUGUGACAGAUCUACCAGAACCUACUAUAUCCCCUGUGGGGGAGCAGAUCGCUGGGAAGCCAAUAACACUGACUUGUACGGCUCAUCCAGCACCUCAAGGGUGCAAGGGAAACAUCACAUGGGGAGGAAAUUUCUCUAUGUUUAUAGAGAACAUAUAUAACUAUGAGCGGGAGGAUCAGGCUGGUAAAGUCACCUCCAUAUCAGAUAUCACUGUUACUCCAUCCCAGAGAGAGCACAAUAGCCCCCUAACAUGUACAGUGACUUACAGUGGGGUCUCCACUAACAGCAGCAUCACCCUGGAUGUUCAGUAUUCUCCUUCAAUUAACAUCAGAGUUUCAGGAUACAAUGGAACAUAUGAAAACAAAUCUUUGACUAUAACAGAAGGAGACUCAGUGAAUAUAAGCUGUAAUGUAAAUUGCAACCCAAUGGCUGAUAUUUCCUGGGGUGAAGGACAAGGAUACAAUGUUAUUAAAGCACCCAGGGAGAGGGUUCUUGUGCUUCAAAACGUUUCAGUUGCUGAUGGUGUAACCUACACGUGCUUAGCAAGGAAUACUCACGGGUCCGUCUCUGGGACUGUUAGUGUCACUGUAGAAUAUGCCCCAAGAAGUCCAUUUAUUUCAAACUGCACAUCAGAGGGUUGCCAGGUUGAAGCCAUAGAAGGAACCUCCCUGUCCCUGCUCUGCUCUGCUGAAAGUAACCCUCCUGCCAACCUGUCCUGGGCAAAAAUGGGUCAGAACAGCACCGACCCCCUAAAUUCCUCAAGUGGGAGAUUAGAUGUUUCUCAUGUAACCACUGAUAAUGGGGGAGAUUACAUGUGCCGGGCAGCAAAUGAACAUGGAAAUUCAACAGCAUCAGUCACAGUUGUUAUUAAAGCUCUCAGGCAUGACAAGAAGACCAACCAUCUUAUAAUAUUAAUGAUACGGGGACUUUCCAUCUUAGCCCUCUCUGGUAUUAUAGCAGUGCCAGCAGUUUUGGUGAUGAGAUACAGGGAAAAGAGAAGGCCACCGCAACAGGCUGAAGCAAGUCAAAGAUCAAAGUCAUCACCAAAAACUUAUCAAGUGGUUUACUCUAAUACAAAAUAAGACUGGCAAUUGAUCUAUGAAUUAUUAUUGUUCUUGCUUUUCUUUUAUAGUUUAAGCUUUAAUCCAACCAUGGGUCAUUACAUAAUACUGGUGUGACCUAUUAGCUUAGAGGCCAGUUGGUUAAUUACGUGGAAGUACAGGAAUUAGAAAUACUCUGGAAAUGCUGUUUAUCGAUAUUGGCACAUUGGGCAAUUGUCCAUAUAAAGUUUUUUUUAAGAUA